GUCUGAAUGCUCCACAUUUUUGAGUGUGUGAAAACUGCUUUUUUCCUCGUUUACCCAUGGAUGUGGUGGGUGAAAAUGAGGCCCUGCAACAGUUCUUUGAAGGGCAAGAUGUGCACAGAGCACUGGAGAAUGCAACGGUGGAUACACGUAUGUUGGAAGAAUUUAUAGAGAGUGACCUUGAAUUAUUUGGAAACCUGCAAAACAAACUACCAGAUUCUCCACCAGAUUCCGGAUCAGAGCCUUCUUCACCACCACAGUCCAAAGGUUGUGCCAAUAACUUUCCUUGCAACUUUUUGGAGACUUCUUCUAAGAUGAACACUAAUGGACAAGUCUGUGGUACACAUCAAGAUAGCACUCUGAAGACCAACAGUGCUGUUACUCCCUGCAGUAACUCUACACCUUCUAAUAGCCUUAUCUUAAAUUGCUUGCCUCCAAUAACUUCUCCUAACCCUAGCCUUCCCUUGACACCUAAAAAGAGAAAACACUCUGAGAUGGUGGAGAACCCUCUAGAAUUUCUAACAUGGUCUGGCAAUAUGGGAGAAAUGACUGUUAAGGAUUCUUCUUCUGAGCUACAAGAAUAUGACAGUGAUGCACAGAAUGCGGGGUCCGUGGGAAAAUGUUGCCAUUCCCUCGUAUGGCAACCAUAUCGCAUGUCUCCCUGGAGUUGCUUGUUUAACCAUAAUUAUGAAAAACUGCCCAAUGUGGAAUAUCACGUUGUUACAAACAAAGGAUUUAAUUUUUCAGCAGUGGACGAUGCUUUCAUUUGUCAGAAGAAAAACCACUUCCAGAUCACAGUCUACAUUCGAGUGGUUGGAAGUCCCAAAUUUGUCAAAACCCAUUUGGGCCUGAAGCCAGUAGAAAUGUUUUACUUGAAGGUUUUUGGUAUUAAGAUGGAAGCUCCCAAUCAAGUAAUUGUAAUUGAACAAUCUCAAUCCAACCGAAGCAAAAAACUUUUCUCUCCUGUUAAAGUCGAUCUUCUGGGAGACCAGGUAACCAAAGUAACCAUGGUAAGAUUGCACUUCAGUGAAACGACAGCAAACAAUAUGAGAAAGAAAGGAAAGCCUAACCCUGAUCAAAGAUACUUCAUGUUAGUGGCUGGAUUAUACGCCUUCUGUCAAGACCAAUCUUAUCUGGUGGCUGCCCAUAUCUCGGAAAAGAUCGUUGUCAGGGCCUCUAACCCUGGACAGUUUGAGAAUGACAGUGAUAUGUUCUGGCUGCGAGGGCCUGUUCCUGGAACCACCAUUUGUCAUGGUCGAGUAGGAAUUAACACAGACAAACCAGAUGAAGCCCUGGUUGUCUGUGGAAACAUGAAAGUUAUGGGAGCGGUCAUGCAUCCAUCCGACAGCCGAGCAAAACAAAACAUCCAAGAGGCUGAUACGCAUGAGCAGCUGAGAAGAAUAUCGCAGAUGCGGCUGGUGGAAUUCGACUACAAGCCUGAAUUUGCAUCUGUUAUGGGAAUUAACCAGAUCCACGAAACAGGAGUAAUCGCACAGGAAGUGCAGGAACUUCUACCAAGAGCAGUAAGAGCCACCGGAGACUUUACAUGUAAAAAUGGAGAAAAAGUUGAUAAUUUCCUCGUGGUUGAUAAGGAUCAAAUUUUUAUGGAGAAUGUGGGUGCCGUUAAGCAGCUCUGCAAAUUAACUAACAAUCUUGAAGUUAGGAUAGAAGAGCUUGAAACAUGGAAUCAGAAACUAGCCAGACUGAAACGGAUCAGCAGCUUGAAAUCAACAACUAGUGAAAAGAACCCAACAAGGAAAUUUAGCCAAGCUACUCCUUGUUUGCCAUCACGAAACUCGGUUCCCAUAAAACCCAGCAAGAUGUGUUUUCCAGCAAAGAAACAGUCAUGGACCAACUCCAGGAUUUUCAAGAUCACUGUAUUUGCUUUGGUUGCUGUUAUGGCACUCUGUGCUGUGACCAUAGCCACCCUUUAUGUACUUAGCAUCCUAGAAGAAGACGUCUUCCUUUCCGAAUACAGCAAUUCAACAAGUCCAAUAACACUCCCUCCAUCCACCACUGUGACAGUGACCAGAUACAAUACAAUGUCUUCAAACCCUGAACCAACUGACAUCACUCCUGAAGUGAAUUUCUGUGGCAUUUUACCCUGUCACAAAACAUACUGCUGUUCAAUUCAUCAGACAGUAGGAAAAAAUCGAAAUUACCCACAGAUGAAGGCAAAGGAAGAGAGAAACAAAAGGAAAGGACUAUCAGAACAAAAGUGGUUCGAGAAGCCUGACCUUGGAAAUGACUGGAUUGACACAACGAUCAGAUCUAUGCAGAUCUUGGAGACGCAGCAAAAAAUAGACCAUCGCUAUUGCAGCAAAAACCUACAGUGCGGGUCUGGAAAUUAUAGUUACAUUGUUCCUCUUAACAAACACACACCUCUCAAUGUAAAAAUCUCGCUGGAAAUCAAUACAACAGAACCAUUAAUUAUAUUUCAAUGCAAAACCACCUAUGGAAAUUCCUGCUCAGAUCAUCCACAAACCCGUAAGAAGAGGGAAUCCUUUCAACUAACCACACAGGGAUUCCAGCAUGUUUGGCUUCUUCCCGUAGCUUCCUUGUAUGACAGUGCAUACCAUUUUCGCGUUGCUGCUCCAGACCUUGCGGAUUGUUCAAUGGAUCCUAACUAUGCCGGGCUAUUUUUCACGGAUUACUACUUCUAUUUCUAUCGCAACUGCAUCUGAAAGGAUGGCUUUAACUCUUUUU